AUGUUAGUCCGAAAUAGUGAGGCUUAACAACUAUAGCCUAUUGUAAAAUAGACAUCAAUAUAAUAAAAUAUUUGUAAGCAAUCAAUUCAACAAUAAAUAUAAACAUUAAAAUAAGAAAUUAUAAACUUAGAUAAUAAUGAUGAUCUUACAAAUAAUCAAAAAUAAUACUAUAAACAUUAAUAUUAACAGUUAUUAUUGACUAAAUUAAACGAGGUUAAAUAAAUUCCUCAUGUAAAUUAGAAUAUUGAGGCUUCAAAUCCUGAAUUAGCACUUUAUGUUUUAAAAGAAUCUUUAUUAAGAGAUCAAAAUAGAGAUUAAUUGCUUACAUUUGGAGUCGAUUCAAUUUUAGGAACAUUUGGCUCUGACUAAUCUUGUCUUAAAGUUAGAAACACUAAUCUUGAUUACGAUUCAAUAGUGAAAGAUACUCAAUUAUUAGAACAGCAUAUAAUAGAAUUUAAAUAAAAACUAUCAAAUUCACUGAAUAUUUCAAUUGAUUAAAUUGAAAUUUUGGGAGUAUCAAAGGGAAGUUUUGAAAUUAACUUUUAAAUUACAGGAAAAAAUAUCGAUGAGAUUUAAAACUAGAUUAAGAAUAAGCCUUAAGCAUAACAAUUUUUGAAGGAAUAUUGUAAUGGCAAAAUUGAAUAGAUAGCUUAUUUUGAUUAAGCUAGUGCAAAUGGAGUUGCACUUUCUUCUGAUGAUUUUAAUCCUUAUUACAAUAAGAUUUGGGAUGGUUUUCCUGAGAAAGAACAAAGAGGACCUUCUUAUCAUAGAUAUGAUUAUUAUUUUCCAAGAGGUUGUUAUGGUUUUGGAUUAAAUAUAAAAAAAUAUGGAGAUAAUUAGGAUUGGAUAUAAAAGAACGGUAACCAGAAUGAAUGGAGGAUUUUGUAUCAUGGUACAAAGUAACAUUUUGUUAGUUCAAUUGUAAAAAAUAAUUUAAAACCUGGUAGUAAUAAUGGCUAUUCUGAUAACCUCUGUUUUGAUGAAUUCAAUAACCAAGUGAAGGUUGGAAUUGGAAUUUAUUUUUCAAAUAAUUUUAAUGUCUGUAUUAAAGAUGGAUAUGCUACAUACUCUUAAAUUGGAAAUAAACAAUUUGCUGUAAUCUUUAUGUCAAGAGUUAAUCCAAGAAAAAUUAAAUAAAGUGAGGGGAUGAAAUCGCAUAACUAUUUUGUUGUAAAUGAGUCAAAAGAUAUUAGGCCUUAUAGAAUUUUAUUACAUGAAAAAAAAUGA